AUGGGCCUGUUCUGGCCAGUGUGCUGGUGGGCCUAUCGCAGCCAGUGGGCCUGUUCCGGCCAGUGUGCCGGCGGGCCUAUUGUGGCCAGUGUGCCGGCGGGCCUGUUCCGGCCAGUGUGCCGGUGGGCCUAUCGCAGCCAGUGGGCCUGUUCCGGCCAGUGUGCCGGUGGGCCUAUUUCAGCCAAUGUGGGAUGGCAGCAAGGGGGCCUGCUGGAGAGAUGGCAGCCAGUCUCCAGCCAGACUGUGACAAAUGAGAUCAACGACCCUGGUCGCGGGUUUGAGACCAGUGAAGCAGACUGGGCAGAAGCUAACUUCUCCGCAAGCAACAAGUCCUACAUUGUGUCCAUUUUCAUAUUCUGCUUCUUUCUGCCUGUGGGGGUGAUGAUCUUCUGCUAUUAUCAACACUGAAGAAAAGCAAUGUGACACUGGGCCACGCAGGGUGCCCUGACAGACAGGCAGUGGAAGACAGGGAGGGACGUUACAAUAGUCUCCACCAUCAUCUGUACAUCUUUCCUCCUGGCAUGGUCACCCUACGGUGUCGUCUCCAUGUGGUCAGCCUGGGGAUUGCACGUACCCAACAUGACCAGCAUCAUCUCCCGGCUCUUCACCAAAUUGGCCAGCUUCUACAACCCACUCAUCUACUUUGGCCUGAGUUCCAGGUUCCAGAGGGACGUUGGGGCGUUGAUGUUGUGUGUGCGUGAGAGCAAGGGCAGCUCGGUGUCGAUCCUGACCUGGCUCCCCCCAAGCCCCCCCUCCACAUGCCAGGAAUGA